UCCCGCCAGAAUAACUAUAAAAUUUUCUUGCGGCAAACGUUAAAUAUACUUUUGCAAUCGUUUUACUCCAAAAAAAUGAGUACAGAAAUUAUUCCAAACAAUGGUCCUGGAACAGUACCCAGUGAUGAAAGGAACAUAGAAAUCAAAGCACGCGUGGGAGACGAUGAAGAAUUUAAACGUCGCGUCGAUAUUGCACGCAAACUUACCGGCACUGAAGGCGAAUUGAUAGUACAGAAAGACGUCUUCUUUAAUUCACAAAGUGGGCGCUUGAAGCUUCGUUACUUACAGCCACCAGCUUGUUCGCAGUUGGUCUAUUACGAUCGACCAGAUGUAGCAGGACCAAAGUUGUCCAAGUACAAUAAAAUAGAAACAAAUGAACCAGAGGUACUGGAGAAAAUAUUAACGAAUAGCAAUGGAGCGAAAGGGAUUUUAGAAAAAACACGCUAUCUCUUUAUGCAUAAUCACACACGUAUCCACAUGGAUAAAGUGAAAAAUUUGGGCAAUUUUAUGGAAUUCGAAGUAUGUUUGAAGCCGGAACAAACCAUUUCAGAAGGACAGGCCGUGGCUGAUGAACUGAUGAAAGUAUUUGGUAUUGAAGAGAAAGAUUUAAUGACUGGCGCAUAUUUUGAUGAAAUACAGAAAUAAUUAUAAAAAUAAAUACUUAAUAAUAUA